GGAUGGUUGCUCUUUUCUGUUCUUCCUUCAGGGAGAGCUUUGCUCAGGAGGUCUCCCUUCCUGGCACCUCAUGUAUCUGCCUUCAUACCAUCCUGUACUUGUACCUUGAGUACUUGUACCCUGACAAUUUCUGCCUGGCACCUGCUUUGGAUUCUGUGGAGCUUCUGGUACUUUCCAACCGUCUGUGCCUCCCCCACCUGCAAGCCCUGACUGAGGAACAUGCGGUGGAUGAGCUCCUGGCCUCCUAUGUACAAGGAGAGGAUAUAGACGGACAAGUCCUCCAUUACCUGGAGAUGCCACAGCUCCACAAGCAGCUGGCAGACUGGUGCCUUCACAACAUCUGCACCAACUACAACUCAGGAGAUGAAGUACAUGAGCCCAGAGAACAAGAGUCGCUUUGAGUGGCACCGCUGCCCCCCCCCCCCGUUUGGUACCUUAAGGAGGAAGACUACUAUCUGCGAUGUAAGCGAGAACACGAGAAAGAAGAGGAACUUUUUAGUAAGCAAAACUGCAAAUGGUGCUUCUGGGUCUCCUCUGCCUCCUCUUCAUCAGUGCCCUGAACCUACACUUUUGUGCCUUCAGAUAGGGGCAAGAGGACCAGUACUUACCUCGAGUCCAACCAUCUACCCCAUGGAGGGGUUCGUUUAUGUCAGCUUCAACUUUAAAGGAGAACUGAACUCUAACAAUAAAUGUGCCUAAAAAUG